AUGGCAUUAUAUGCAAAAGUUAUGCCUCAUAGAACAUUUCGAUUUAAUGAAUGUAUUUGUUCACCAUUUAAUGCUGAUUUUGAUGGAGAUGAAAUGAAUCUUCAUUUACCACAAACAGAAGAAGCUAAAGCUGAAGCACUUGUACUUAUGGGGACCAAAUCAAAUCUUGUUACACCACGUAAUGGAGAAAUGAUUAUUGGUGCAACACAAGAUUUUCUUACGGGUAUGAUGAGAAAAAUUUUAAAGCACAGAAUGGCACAUACACUACUUGACAAAAGUAUCCCUCCCUCGGAUCUCAGUCCAUACAAGAGCUGGGCGACUGAAAAUUGGUGUGCAGGUAGCCCAUGAAGAAUGUAGGUCAGCGGCACCAUCUACAUCACAUUUGCUCGAGUAAGAAU